GUCAUCAACGAGGUCAUGCUGGCAGACCAGCCCACCAAGCAGUUCGUGAAGCCCGAGGACCUGGCGGCCAUGGUGGUGCACCUCUGCGGGCCCCACUCCGGCUCCAUCACGGGCGCAUGCAUCUCCGUGGACGGCGGGUGGACCGCCCGGUGA